AUGAAGUUCAGGUCAAUUAAUAAGUUUCCACCUGCCAGCAUUGGUUAUACGGUUCGAGUCACCAUACUAGACGUGGAUAGAGGUAGAGGAGAUCCGCGAAAUAUUCUGUUUGCAGUAGUAUCAAUAAAAGAUGGAGAAUACUAUGAACUAGGUAAUAAAGAAGGAACGAUAGAACAACAUUACUCUAGGUCUCAAUUUGAUGUUUGUCCUGAUCCAUUAAUUACAGUAGACGAGGUGUCAAAUACAAAAAAAUCGUUAAGAGAAAUCGCAAAAAAUAUGUCAUCGUUAGGUGGUCAGGGUUAUCAACGUUGUGCAUGUAAAUCAAAUUGCAAAACAAAUAAAUGCAAAUGCAAAGCAUCUGGCAUUUUAUGCAAUUCUAAAUGUCAUCAAAGUUUACUAUGUUUAAAUAAAUAA